AUGCUGGAGAAUGCAUCUUUCGCCAACUGCUGCGAGCCAGGUGGGCUGUCCCGGCGUCCGGGCUGGCGGGACGCAGACCCCGCGCCGCCAUCCAGCAGCCCCCGGCUUCCCUGGGUGGCCCCGGCGCUGUCCACGGUGCUCAUUAUCACCACCGCGGGGGACGUCGUGGGCAACCUUCUAGUUAUCCUGUCGGUGCUAAGGAAUCGCAAACUCCGGAAUGCAGGUAACUUAUUCUUGGUGAGUCUGGCAAUGGCUGACCUGGUGGUAGCCUUGUAUCCCUACCCAGUGAUCCUCCUGGCCAUCUUCUAUGGCGGCUGGGCCCUGGGCGAGCUGCACUGCAAGGCCAGUGCCUUUGUGAUGGGCCUGAGCGUCAUCGGCUCCGUCUUUAACAUCACUGCCAUUGCCAUCAACCGCUAUUGCUACAUCUGCCACAGCGGGGCCUACCACCGGCUCUGCGGGUAUGGGCACGUCCCCCUCUAUGUCGGCCUCAUCUGGCUGCUCACCCUGGUGGCAUUAGUCCCCAACUUCUUCGUGGGGUCCCUGGAAUACGACCCGCGCAUUUAUUCCUGUACCUUCAUCCAAACGGCCAGCGCCCAGUACACGGCGGCGGUGGUGGUCGUGCACUUCCUGCUGCCCGUCGCGGUGGUGGCCUUCUGCUACCUGCGCAUCUGGGCGCUCGUGCUGCAGGCUCGCAGGAGGGCCACAUCGGAGAGGAGGCCGCGCCUGAGGCCCAGCGACGUGCGGAGCUUUCUCACCAUGUUUGCCGUGUUCGUGAUCUUUGCCAUCUGCUGGGCCCCUCUUAACUGCAUCGGCCUGGCUGUGGCCAUCGACCCAGAAGAGCUGGCUGCCCAGGUCCCCGAAGAGCUCUUUGUCACUAGCUACUUCCUGGCGUAUUUCAACAGCUGCCUUAACGCCAUCGUGUACGGGCUCCUGAACCAGAACUUCCGCAGGGAAUACAGGCGGAUCCUCUCCGCGCUCCGGUGCCCGCGCCGCGGUGCCCGUAGCGCCUCCUGCCUCGGUCUCACCCAGGGCGCACGGAGCCCAGCCCCAGCCUCCGAGCCUGCACAGCCCCCGGCCCAGCCUGCUGCUCCAGCCUGCAUCUGA